AUGCUAAUACCAGUGCGAUGCUUUACAUGCGGAAAGGAGGUGUCCAGUAGGUGGGAAGAGUACAUGGAAAGAUGUGCCAUGAGCCACGACAAAGCCAAGAUACUAACCGAUUUGGGGUUUAAAAGGCCUUGCUGCAGAACAGUUAUGCUGACAACAGUAGACAUAAUGCAGAAAAUUCUUAAGUUUGAGUACCCACAAGAAGGAUUCGCAGCAGAUGAAAAGAUUUAGCCCAAAAUCAGAAUUAGAAAUAACACCGUGUCCAUUCCGUACUUACUAUAAUAAAC